GAUUCUCUACCAGAAGGCAAGACAGAAUGCAAUGCGAAGUGAAAAUAUUUUGAUAAUUCGUGCUGUUUGACGAUGAUAUGUAUUAAAUUUUUGCCUUGCUGAUUUAAAUCUUGUAUAUAACAUGGUAAACUAUCUUGUGCUGAUGUGAAACAUCGUUUAUCUGGCUUUUUAUUGGCUCAUAAUGAUUGUAUUUUCUUUUAUUUUUUUUGUUGUUAGAUUCUGUUCAUGAAAGAAUCAGAAGUUUUGGUUUUUGGUUAGUUGAGGGUACAUUUUUAUUGAUGGUUAAUUUUUUAUGAAUUUUGACCUCAUCUAUAAUUCCUCGUAUAAGCAUUGCAGAGUGCCAAUUUCUGCCGUGAAAUGGGAUACGAUAUUACUCGCUUUGAGGGAGAAGUUGAUGAAGAGUUAAUCUGUCCUAUCUGUUCUAGCGUUUUGGAAGAACCUUUGCAUGCUCCACAGUGUGAACAUGCAUUUUGUAAAAGUUGCAUCAAUGAAUGGCUUUCCAGACAACCUUCUUGCCCAGUUGAUAGACAGCCUAUUACGCCAAAUGAACUCAAACCUGUUCCUCGCAUAUUGCGAAAUCUCUUAUCUCGAUUGCUAAUUAUGUGUGAUAAUGCAAGCUUUGGAUGUACUGCAGUAGUCAAAUUAGAACGCUUAGAGGUUCAUAAAGAAGAAUGUGAGCAUAACCCUAAAAGACCUGUACCAUGUGAACAAGGUUGUGGACUAGUCAUUCCUAAAGAUGAAUUAAGGGAUCAUAAUUGUGUCAGAGAAGUAAGACUGAUGCUUCAAAGCCAGCAGCACAGAAUAAAUGAAAUGCAGUGUGCAAUAAAUGAAAUACGAAGAGAUAUCGGUUUGCUGAAGGUGAACUGUAUCAUCAAAUCUUGUAUGCAGGAAUGCAUUCGUGCUGUAAGAUUAUCAAAUCCUAGUGUUCCAGCUGUUGUGGAGACAUUGGAGCAAGAUGAAACAAUAAGAUGGGCCAAUUCCUUGCAGAGAGCUCGAGUCACUCGUUGGGGAGGCAUGAUAUCUACUCCAGAUUCAGUACUCCAAACAAUGGUUAGAAGAGCUCUAAGUGAAAGUGGUUGCCCUCCACAUGUAACAGCUGAACUAAUGGAAAAUGCCCAUGAAAGGCGGUGGCCUACAGGGUUGAGCACAUUAGAGACUCGACAGUCAAAUAGAAGAUACUAUGAAAAUUAUGUUUGUAAAAGAAUUCCUGGCAAGCAAGCUGUUGUUGUUAUGGCAAUUGAUAAUCCUCACAUGAAUGAUGAUAUGGUGCUAGAACCAGGAUUAGUGAUGAUUUUUGCACAUGGUAUAGAAUGAUGUAAGGCAAUGAUUGCUGCAACGUAUCAUUUAUGUGCAUAUAUUUUUCAUUCAAAAUGAGUUCAUCUUCAGCAAGUGUAAUUGAAUUCUGAAUAUCAUUUUGCUGUGAAUAUAAUAUCAAAACUUUCAAAAUGAGUGUUAUUCAGAAAUUGCAGAAUAUGAAGAAUCUAUGAGAAAUGUGUUUUCAGAUCUGAUUUUUAUUGAUUUAUCAAAUGUUUUUAGGGAUUGUGUUAAUUUAAUGUGGGGGUGCCAUCACGCUGAAAUAUAAUAAUAAUGCUAUUUAAAUACUGGUUUAGGUAUCAGUCUGGCUUAAAUAUUUGCAAUUAAAUAUUUUAAAUAUCUAGUUAUUUACUUAUCCAUUGAAUUCUUUUAAUAUUAAUUGUUUAUUUACAGUAAUGACGUCUUUAAAAACACCUGUAAAAAGUACUUUUUUUGUCUGCAUUAUAUAUGUAUAUUUUCAUGACAUAUUAAGUCAUUAGCACUUUCUAAACAUUUGAAAAAAAAAAUUGGUUUUGGAGUGGUUCUCAUGUAUUUUUUCAUGUAUUUUUAAUUUUAAUAUAUUGAUUACCAAGAAAGAAUAUAAAAAUAUCCAUGUUUAUAUUUUUUGAAUAAAAUUUUUUAAAUUGCUUAUACCAAUGUAAGAUUCUUUUUUUAUUAGAUGCUUUGGUUUUGGGGCACAUUCUAAGAUUCAUUUUUAGUUCCAUCUAGUUUAAAUUGACAUCUUUUUUAUGAAUGCUGCAACUCUUCAAUGCAGUUCUCAUCAAUUUAAUAUUUCUGUGAUAAAUUGCUCGAUAUUUUGAGAGUAAUUAAUAUUUUUCAUGCAGUCUUUUGAAAAGAAUUAUAUUUGGAAAUGAAGAAUUCCAGCCACAUAAGAAUUUAUGUUGAAGCACAACUUUUGUAAUGACAUUCUUGUUAUUAUUUGAGUCUGACAGUCAUCUUGGAAAAAGACUGAUAUGGUAUGCAAAUUAUUUCCUUUUGAAUUCUGAAUUUCUUGUUAUUGGCAGCAUUAUUGUAAACAUUAUUUUUCAAUGAAAAAUUAGAGUCAGUUUCAAUUUAAUUAAAUUAUCCAUUGUUCAUUUUAAUGAGUAUAUACAACUCAUAACUUUUCUUUAUAGUGUUAUGUUAUAAAAUUUUAACCAGUUUAAUUUUUCAGUUGAAUCAUUUUUUUAAAGAUGCGUAUUCUCAGCAAUGCAAUAAAUUUCUUUUUAUAUACAUUUAGAAAAUUUUCAUUUCCAUUAAAAUGUGAUACAAAAUGAAAUAUUUUAAUCUCUCCCAACUCAGCCCACUCUCAUUUACUGAAAUUUAUGAAAGUGUAGUGACAGAAUAGUUGCAAUGUCUGUAUGCUUUACACCAUUGGGCUUUAUAAUAUCAGGUCCUUUCGGAGUUAAAAUUUGUUUGAAUUGAUUUGACUAAUGUAAUUGGAAUGACUUUAAUUUUUUUUUUGCACAUAUUAAAGAAAACAUGCAUGUGCAGAGUUACAAAUAAAUAUGACCUCUUUUGUGUUUAAUCCGAAUUACUGUAUGUCUUUUAUUGCUGUUUUAUCAAAUGACUAGAGUUCUAAACAGAGCCCUUUUAGUCAGUAACAAACCUAAGAAAACUACAUUUAUAUUUCAGUUUUCCUUUUGUUUCAUUGUAUGGUGGCAACUUAUGUAUUGAGGUAUAUUGUAUGUAUAUUCAGAAAGUUAAUGUAAUGACCAUUUGUUUGGAUUCAUAUACAAACUUAAUGUUUUGAGAACAUUGGUGUGUUACCUUUGAUGAUAGUUGUAAUUAUCUUUCUUUGAUAAUGUGUUUUUGAAAAAGGGAAUAAUGACUAACAUGUACAUGUCAUCUGAAUACUAUUCAAAAUUAUGAGGAGUGUGCUGUAGCUAUCUUUUAUUUUUAAAUCAUCCCAUUCCAAUCACUGCUAAAAGAUAUAUAUAUGAAUUAUAUAGGUUAUUUUCUCUUCCACAUACAUUGUUAAUUAUGAAAUAUAUUAUUGAUAGUAGUGAAUUUUUCUGAACUAAUUUUAAUGGAGAUUGUUUAAUUUCAAAUUGGAAUUGAAUUUAGACAGUCUGGUUUGUUCUAGUAAAUUUUCUCUUGUGUUCAGUAAUCAUCAAAUAUUUUAUGAGUAACAAGAAUAAUAGUUAACAGUUCUUUUGGUUUAAAUACAUUUUAAAAAAAAUCCAGGAUUUGUUUUGUCAUUUCAUUUUUGUACAUUAUGAAUUUUGUUACGAGUUCUCUGUAUGGGUGAGGAUUUUAUAUAUGUAAGCCUUUUCCAUUUUUAUUGAAUACUGAGGUUUUGUAUUAAUGGUCUCUCUUAUUGGAGGAUUUGUUAUAAAAGUAUUUCUUGAACUUAUCAAAUGUAAUGAGAUCACUUUUUAAAUCAUUGUGUAUUUUUUUGGGUAAACUUAAUAAGUCUGAACAAAAUUUGCCCAACAUUUUUCAUACGCGACACAUUUCUGCAAAAACGUAGAUUUCAGCGUUUUCGGAAUCGAAUUUUAUCAUUCUUGAGAUCGGAUAAUUUUCUUUUAUGUAAUAAUUUUAUGAUAUUUUUAAUAUCUCAAACUCUUUUUGUAUAAAUUUAUUCGUUUGAUUGUUCAAUUAAUCAUAUUAACUUUACAUCUCUGUGAUUAUGUUUGGCACAAUUCAUUAUUUAUGAAGUUCACUUUAUUUUUUGUUCUAAGCAUCUAUCUUAUCUAAUUUUUCAAGAACUGUGUUAACCAAUCUUUUGGGAAAGAAUUAUUUUUGAAGUUUUCUUUGUGUCAUGUUUUUGUCCUUUGUUAUGUAGCCUUUUUUGAGCCUGAGAAACAUUCAGAUCGUUGUUUUCUCACACAUAAAAAAAGUGUUAUAGCAUGUUUCAAAUUCGUUCUCAGUAUUAGAUCACAACUGUUACUUUAUAUUUGUAGUGCAUUUGAUGAAGUCCAUGCAAAUAAAUAUAACACUUAUA